AUGUCUCCAGCUUGGCAGCCGCAACAUGUUUCUCAGCAGCAGCAGAACGGUGGUGGAGUGACGUUUCCCACGCCACCAAGUACCGCUGGUUUGCAAAGUCAGGUUCACGGGAGUCGGAGUGAGGAGGGGAUGGAAAGCGGGCAAUACACGCCGGCGACGGAUUCGGACCCGAGAAGAGACGGUGACGGAGACGCUGAGAUGGUGGAUGGAGAUGAGGUCGAGGUGGGCGAUGUGAGUAUGGCGAGCAUAACGGUGGAGCAGGAUGCGGGGCACAGAAGGACCGACCAUGAGCGAGAAGACACAGUGGGAGAUUCCGAGGCCGACAUGCUACCUCCGCCACCGCCACGACUAUACAAGUUGCACUCACAGCCGAUCGCUCCUGCGCGACCGCAUUUCUCGUCCAAUCUGAUCGAGCUCUAUGGUCUCGAAUCGCUGCAAGCCUCUGUAGCACGCCGUGAUGCCGCUGGGACAAAGAUCAACAAGCUGCGUAAGUCGUACGAGGGCAAGGUGAAAGCCUUGAACCUCGAGGGGCGAAGCAAAGCUUCUGUCGGCGACAACGCGCUAGCAGGACUACUAGACCCACUCUGGGAGAUGGACAUGGGAAACGGCAUGACUGGGUGGCAACAAAAGGUCAACGAACUCCCGCUUGACAACCCAAGCGCUCAAGCAGACGUCCUCAGCAAACUGGACUCCGCUAUCUCCAUGCAACCCGGCCAUCUCCCCAAACCCGAACACCAAACCUGGAAAACCCUCCUCAGUCUCGACGAACCAAAACCCACCCCCGCGAUGCCCGCCACAAAACCCUUCACGGCAUCCGCCAGCUUCCCGAACGGGCCCCCAUCAACAAACCCCGCUUUAGCCAAAACGGCACCAAUGCAAGCCCUACGCUCCUCAGCCCCGAGCUCCCCUGCUGUCAGCCACCUGGGCGGCGUAAGACCCGAACGCUCGGGGAAGAAGCGGAGGUAUGACGAGGCGAGUUAUUCGGGCUAUCAGGAGGGCUUUGAUGAUGAUGGGUAUAGUACUGGGGAUGGGGCCAGUCGACGGGGGAGUGCUUCGAAGAGGCAGAAGACGGGGGGGAUGUUGGCGGGGGGUACGAGUGGGAGGAAGCUUAGUGUUUCUCUUGCUUGA